AUCUGAGACAGAAACGUUAGAAAUCAGUAGAGACUUUUACAGAUUUCUAUACGAAAAUCUCCUGCAAUCAUCUCACACCUUCUAGUGAACUUAAACAUCAAGUUCCAUCAGCUUUUGUGUUCCAAGAAUAGACUCCAGAUCCACUACCAGCUGACCAAGAUGAAGCUCCUCGCUCUGGUUCUUCUGAUCUCUGAUUUUUCCUCACUCACGCUGAUGGAGGUUGUGAAUGAUUUUAGCAAGUCUAAAUGUUCCGAGUUCUUCAUCAAAAACCAAAAUCACAUCAUCACUCCGACUGUUUUCAAGGGGAAUCAGUAUAAACGGAUUUGUCAACGUUGGGAAAAUGAAUACAGAUUUGCAACACUCUAUGACACAAAGAACAGGAUCCCCAUCUACUCAGCGUACAAAUACACUGGUAUAAACGCCCCUCCCCGAAAAUAUGUAACAUGGAAAAACGAGCCUCAGCUGGAAAACCCGAGCGACACUGCAAACAUGAAGGAGAUCAAAGGUGAUGAGAUAGAUGUGUAUUAUAACCAGGCUGUGAACAGAGACUAUGCAGAGAGUAAUACUAUUAAUGAUAUUAAAUAUACUAGAGGUCACGUAUUUCCACGUCAGUAUGCUGCUGAUGAGGAUCAGGCAGAUUCCACCUUUACCUUUACUAAUGUAGCACCACAAACACAACAUAGUAAUCAGAAAUGGGCAGAACAAGUAGAGACGCCAAUGAAGGAUGAAAUACAGAGUGUCUGCCAGCCAAAUAAUAAUAAUCCUACUUAUAUAGUGACUGGAGUGGUUCCAGGGAAUAAAUGGAUCCCCAUUAAAAGAAAAGAUAAUAAUAAAGUUAAAGGUGAAGGUGUAAACAUUCCCAGUUAUUACUGGACUGCUUACUGUUGUGUCCACAAAAAUGAAAGAAUUUCAAAGGGAUUCCUCUCGCUGCAAAACCAACCUGAUGACAGAACUUAUGAACUGUCUGAGAUGAGUGUUAAUAUUUUGAAUGGUCGACUUACAGAACUGUACGAGGGAAGUUUACUUAAAAAUUUUUUUAACGUUUUUGGGGAUUUGUGUUUGACUUAAUUUGCUCUGAGCUCAUCCCCUUUAAUUCUGUAGUUUAGACAUAAAACUGCUUCAUUACUUCUACAAAACACAAAAUCGCUUCACAUUUAUAAUCAGCACUGAUUCUUUAAUACGCUUCAUUUAGUUUGCAGAAACACGUUUAUUACGCUUUGAGGAUUAAAUGCUUCUUUAAUGAUAAGUAACUUUAAAACAAAGAUCAAAUACGAGGUGUGAGGAAUGAAACUGUGUGUGUGUGAUGCUGUUGUAGGAAAUGAAUCAGUGAGGUGGUGAUGUGAUGAAGUGCAGUUACUGAUACACACCAAUACUGACUUUCUUAUAACAACUCAUCCAGAAGGGGUUCAUCCUUUUUGUCCACUUUUUAUCCGUUUUAUUCACUUAGUCACAUUUAAUAUUCUGAAAUAACCAUGAAAGCAGUUAUGUGACAGUCGCCUCAGUGUUUUCUGUGUUUGUGUCUAAAAAUCUCUUUAUUCUGUUAAAUAUCCUGCAGAUCUUUAAUAAAACUUCACUGUUUGCUGUG